CAUCUGUGAUGAAGUACCACACCUUUAAAGCGUGAGAGCAAUGUGGACACACUGAGGCUGCUUAAAAGCUAAUGGAGUCUCCUGAAAGGGCCAGCCUGACGAUGUGCAAGAAGUAUUUUCUUCUGGUUGUUUUCUGCUUAAUCAACAUACCUAUGAUUAACUGUGAUGACCAUAGCAGUGAUUCAGACAGUAGCUCAGACAGUGAUGAGAGACACAAUCGAUUUCCAGGAUUUACCUUCAAUCUGUGGCCUCUGUUUCCUGCACUGUGGCCGCCUCCUCCUCCUGCUCCAGCCACACCUCUCCCUCCACCUCCUGCACCUCCGGCCCCGCAGCCAAACACAACCCCGAACCCAGGCACGGCGGGCCCCCCGACCACAACUGUCCCCCGAGGAGACAACAGAUAGACUGCACCGAUCUGACAGCAGACACCGCAGGAUCUCAAUCAAACACUUUCCUUCAGUUGUUUUUUUUUUGUUGUUUUUUUUUUACAACAAGCAAAGUGGUUGGUGAGAUGAAAAUGUUUGCUCUUUUUGAAGCUUGUAUGUUCUAUUUUAUCAUGUUAAAGAAUGGUCAGACAAGGUUUGGUUGACUUUUCUUUUUUUUUUAACAAUGAGUGUGUUUGAAUUUUUACUUUCCAGUAUUGGUUUCUGUAUUUAUGUGUAUCUUUCAGCUUUUUUUUUGUGGAUAUUUUCUGAGUUUUUUUACACUGUUUUAGCACAUUAAUGGUGAUAUUUUAUGACUCGAGGAGAGGCAGAGUGUAAUUAUAACAUUUGUUGGAUGGUGAGACCGUGGUGGACACACCUGCUGACGGCACACUGGUGUAAUAUCCACUCUGUGGUGAACACACACCGCUAUCCCCGGAUCAAUGCUGCUUAAGAAAGGGAUGAGUGUUGAUCCUGUAAUAACUGGUUCUCUGAUUCAUCUCUGAAAUCUAUCCAAAUACCUUAUUUAUCAUGACUCAGCCACUUGACCAAUUCAUUCCACUGCACUCAACUCUUUAUUACAUUUAUUCACAUGGACUAUAAAAACGUCUUUGCAUCAGAUAUAAAGCUAGUUAGUGUCCUGGCAAUUUUCUGUAUUCAUUUGAUGUUUUACGCCACUUUCUGCACUGGCACUGGUCAUGAAUGUAAUCUUGUCUUCUCAUUUAUGUCAUGAAAUAAAGCAGUCAAACACCAGCCAGAGACUGGUGAAAAGCAGUACUUAAUCAUGCACUGAAUAACAUUUUCUUGGUGUGUUUUAUAAACUGUAAUUAAUGGGGGCUUUGAAAAAUUAAAAUUGUCCUUUUUUGUGUUGUAUUCUGUCAGAGUCUUUUUUUUUUU